AUGGCCAGUAUAAACAAUGUGACUGAGUUAGUUAUCACCGGCCUUUUCCAGGAUCCAGAGGUGCAGAGGGUGUGCUUUGUGGUGUUUCUUCCAGUGUACCUGACGACGGUGAUGGGCAAUGGCCUCAUCAUGUUCACGGUCAGAGUCAGCAAGAGUCUGCAUUCCCCCAUGUAUUUCUUCCUUAGUUACCUGUCCCUGGUGGAGAUCAGUUACUCCUCUACUAUUGUCCCUAAGUUCAUCACAGACUUACUCACCAAGAUUAAAACCAUCUCCCUGGAGGGCUGUUUGGUUCAGAUAUUCUUCUUCCACUUCUUUGGGGUCACUGAGAUCUUCUUGCUUGUGGUGAUGGCUUAUGACCGCUAUGUGGCCAUCUGCAAGCCUCUUCAUUAUAUGAACAUUAUGAACCAUCAGCUGUGCCAUGUACUAGUGGCUGGUUCUUGGCUAGGGGGCUUUUUACACUCCAUAAUUCAGAUUCUCAUCACCAUUCAGUUGCCCUUCUGUGGCCCCAAUGUAAUUGAGUACUACUUCUGUGACCUUCAGCCAUUAUUCAAGCUUGCCUGCACUGACACCUUUGUGGAGGGGGUCACUGUGUUGGUCAACAGUGGCUUAAUUGCCUUGUGCUCCUUCCUUAUCUUGAUGUCCUCCUAUAUCGUCAUCUUGGUCCACCUGAGGAACCAUUCUGCAGAGGGGAGGCGCAAAGCUCUCUCCACCUGUGCCUCCCACAUCACGGUGGUCGUCUUGUUCUUUGGACCUGGCAUCUUCCUCUAUAUGAGACCCUCUUCCACCUUCACUGUGGAUAAACUGGUGGCUGUGUUCUACACCAUUGUCACCCCCAUGCUGAACCCCAUCAUCUACACACUCAGAAAUGCAGAGGUGAAAGUCGCCAUGAGGAGGUUGUGGGGCAAGAAGAACUCAGGGGUGGAGUGA